AUGGCACCAGCAGAUGCAUAUCUAAGUCUUCCUGCGUCAUUCCUGUUUACAAGUCGAAGUAAAAUUUUCAACAAUCUAUCUAUCUAUCUAUCUAUCUAUCUAUCUAUCUAUCUAUCUAUCUAUCUAUCUAUCUUUCUCAUGUUCCCAGGCUGCCUCCCAGAUGUGACGAGGAGUUUUUGCGCUAAAACAGUAGGGCUUCCUCCCAAUUAUUUCAAAGCUAAUGUCGGCAAACGGUUAGCGGCUUUUCGUUGCCGCACAAACCAAACGAGCAAACGCUUCAUUGCAGCUUCUUGCAUUCUCAUCACCGGCACCACGUGCCUUCGGCAUCAACUUCCAUUCGCAUUCUUACACAGCAUUUCUACAACCCUUCAAAUGUCCCCUACACGACGAACAUCCGCACGUCAGCAACUGAAGACCCCUAAUACCGUUAACGUUACACAUGCAGAACAGGCGACUGCGGAUGAGCACAUAAUAACUCCGGUUACAGAUGAUCAUAUAGCGUCUACUUCAACCUCUGCUUUGCACUUUUCUGCGUGCCGUGGCGAUGACCAACCCGGCAUCUCUGCAAAGGCUGCAAAAACACCCAGGCGAGGCAACCUUAGCAGUUCUAAAAAAGCCUCACCGGCUAAGGGGAAACGGGAGCAGGAUUCCAUUAGUGUACCUCCUUGGGUGAGAAGCGGCUGGCGUCUACUUCAACCUCUGUUUUGCACUCUUCUGAGUUCCGUGGCGAUAACCGACCCGGCAGCUUUGCUAAGCGUGUCACAAUACCAUGACGAGGCAACCUUAGCAGGCAGCCCGCAUCGAAAAGCUACUCGUAAUGCAGCCGACGCCGCUGCAACUUCCAUUCGACGGUCCCAGGAGACCACGGCUGAGAAAACCUCACGUAACGCAGCGAAAACUGCAGCAACGUCCAUUCGACGGUCCCAGGAAUCCAUGUCUGAGAAAACCUCACGCCAUGCAGCUGACGCCGCUGCAGCGUCUGCUGCAAGGCCGUCGGAAAGUUCCGCGCAAAAGCGCACAAGGCGGCAGGAAGGUUCCGUAGACGAAAUCCAAGACUUCCUUGCAGGGCGCGUUAUUAGCAACACAGAGGGCCCUUGGCACAUAUUCAGCUUCCCCAUCCACGAACGCAUCCCAGCAAUCGUCCAGCUUGCUGUGCACCUAGAAAACGACGAACUUCUUUAUUUUUCUUCGGAUGCAGCAAUGGAUGUAGCUGCGCGUACCAAAGACACAACGCUUACAGCGUUCUUCAAACUUUGUCGAUGUCGGUUUACUUUUUUCUUUCCUUACUUUCUUUAUUUCUUACUUACCGGUCCUUCUUUUCUUUCUUUCUUUUCUUUCUUUCUUUUCUUUCUUUUCUUUUCUUUCUUUCUUUCUUUCUUUCUUUCUUUCUUUUCUUUUCUUUUCUUUUCUUUCUUUCUUUCUUUCUUUCUUUCUUUCUUUCUUUUCUUUUCUUUUAUUUCUUUCUUUCUUUCUUUUCUUUUCUUUUCUUUCUUUCUUUUCUUUUCUUUUCUUUUCUUUCUUUCUUUCUUUCUUUCUUUUCUUUUCUUUCUUUCUUUCUUUCUUUUCUUUUCUUUUCUUUCUUUCUUUCUUUCUUUCUUUCUUUCUUACCUUUGUUUCUUUGCACAAUUCACCUUUUUAUUCCCUUACUUUCAUUCAUUCUUUCCUUCGUUCUUUUGUAAUCGGUAUUUUUCUUUCUUUCUUCUUAUCGAUAUGUCUUUCUUUCUUUCUUUCUUUCUUUCUUUCUUUCUUUGUGUUCAUCGGUAUUUUUCUUUUGUAAUCGGUAUAUUUUGUUUGUUUGUUUGUUUGUUUGUUUGUUUCUUUCUUUCUUUCUUUCUUUCUUUUGUACUUACCGAUAUUUCUUUGUUUCUUUCUUUCUUUUGUACUUCCAUGUAUUUCUUAAUUUUUUCUUUCUCUCUCCCUUUGUUUCUUUCUUUCUUUCUUUGGCACUUACUGGUAUUUCUUUCUUUCUGUCUUUCUCUCUUUCUAACUUACCCGUAUUUCUUUCUCUCUCUCCUUUCUUACCGGUAUUUUUUUUCUUUCUUUCUUUCUUUCUUUCUUUCUUUCUUUCUUUCUUUCUUUCUUUACAGAUAUUUCUUUUUUUUUUGUUUACUUUCCCUGCUUUUUUGUUUUACUUUUAUAUUCCAUCCGUUCUUUCUUCUUUUUCUAUAG